GGCCAGGUCUUUAGUGGACCCCAAUUCAUUUUAAAAUCCAAGUAGUUUGAAAUCCUACUACACAUAAGCCGCCUUACUGGCGCAGUCCCGGGGACACACACUGCGCAUGCAACUAACCAUAGUCUUUCAAAUCCUGCGCGCUAGCCUAGCUGCACAUCGCGCAUGCUCACUCCUAUGCCCGCUCUCGCCCAGGUGUUCCCCUUCUCAGCGGAUCGCAUCGCGCAUGCGCCAACGAGCAGCCCGGUUUCCCUUCGGAGCCUUGCUUCAGCAGCACGUUCUGCGCACGCGCAACCCCACAACAGCGUCCUUCCUGGACGUACUGUGCACGCUCCUGCGGCACCCCCUCAGAACACCUCAGGUAUCCCAAAAAGCCAUGAGAGCUGGGGAUGCCGGUCGCUUCCUAAGCCUCCGGGACAUUCCCGUUAGCUUCAAGUAAUGGCAAAUGGGGCUAAGAAGUGAGACACAGGAAGGGAAAAAAAAAGCGUCGCGGCCCUGUGACGUCAGGCAAGUGGAAGCCGUGACGCGCGUCGCCGCUGGUUCGGGGCAGCCGCGAGUUCGGAGCGCGCGGUCCUUGGUUUUGUGAGGGAAGAACGGCGGCGGCCGUCAUGUCGCCGGGUAAGACGCUCCAGCCCGUGCUGAAAAUGAAGGUGGACGAGCUCUUCCUGCGGUGGCUGAGCGAGGACGCAACGCAGCGGCUGCUCCACGAGUGCCUGCGCGCAGUCCAGGCCCCUCAAGGCGCUCCCAACGUGGCCGUCUCCGCGGAUGCCGCGAUGCCUGCGCCCGCCCCGGGAGGACCCGGACCCCCUGCCGCUCCUGCCGCCCCUGGACCCCGGCCCGAACCUCACAGCCGCAGAACCCGCAGACCCGCUGUUCGCAGAGGCGGGCGCGGCUGCGCGGAGGUGCAGACGUGGCCGGAGCUGCAGGGAACUCCAGGACUCUCGGUGGGUGGGAUCCCCACCUUCUACUUCCCGCGCGGCCGCCCAGUGGGUCCUGUCAGCAAGGAUGGGGCCAUACGUGCCGUGGAGACUGCGUUUGCCCUGCUCCCACUGCAGCGCGCCCGCCUGGAGGACAUGGGCAAUGUGGCCAAGGCCUGUGGCUGCCCUUUGUACUGGAAGGGACCCUUAUUCUACCGGGCUGGGGGCCGCCGCGGGGGAUCCGUGUCUGUGCAUACCUUCGUGGCCAUGUGGCGCAGAAUCCUCCAGGACUGCCACGAUGAGGAGGCCAGGUUCCUGCACCUGCUCGCUAGUCCUGGGUGCGACUUCUUGGAACAGGAGGAUUUCGUCCCCUUCUUGCAGGAUGUGGUAGAAUCACACCCUGGCCUCGCCUUCCUCAAGGAGGCACCUGAGUUCCACUCCUGCUACAUCACCACUGUCAUCCAGCGGAUCUUCUACGCUGUCAACAGGUCCUGGUCCGGGCGCAUCAGCUACAAUGAACUCAGGAGGAGCCACUUCCUGCAGGUUGUGGCGCGGCUGGAGGAGGAGGCGGACCUGAGCCUGACAAGCGGGCUCUUCUGCUAUGAGCACGUCUAUGUCAUCUACUGUACCUUCCGUGAGCUUGACACUGACUGCGACCUCCUGCUGGGCAACUGUGACCUGGCCCGGCACCGCGACCACGCCAUCUCCGACAAGAUGAUUGACAGGAUAUUUUCAGGUGCUGUCAUGCGGGACAGGACGGCACAGAGAGCAGGGAAGAUGAGCUACGAGGACUUUGUGUGGUUCCUGCUCUCCGAGGAGGACAAGACCACGCCCACCAGCAUCGAGUACUGGUUCCGCUGUAUGGACCUAGAUGGGGACGGGGCACUGUCUGCCUUUGAGCUUGAGUUCUUCUAUGAGGAGCAGAGCCGCCGACUACGCAGCCUGGACGUCGAACCACUGCCCUUCCCAGACUGCCUCUGCCAGAUGCUGGACCUGGUUCGGCCAAGGACCCAGGGCCGCAUCACGCUGGGCGAUCUGAAGCGGUGCCGGCUGCUGGCGCCCAUUUUCUUUGACACCUUCUUCAACGUGGACAAGUACCUGGACCGUGAACAGCACGAGCAGUUGGCCCUGCCCGGGGACGGUGAUGGCCCUGAGCUGUCAGACUGGGACCGUUUCGCAGCCGCCGAGUACAGACUGCUGGUGGCCGAGGAGGCAGCAGCACAGCUGUGGGAGGACGGGUCCGACACGGAUGAGCCGAGCCCUGGGAAGCAGCAACCAAGUGGGCUUCGCCCCCAGCGUCCGUUCUGGGAGGCAUCGGGGGCUGAGCUCCUGGAAGAGGAAGAUGACCUGUGGCCGGCGUGAUAUGCUUGGCAUGUGUGUGUUGCAUGCACAUCACAUGCAGGACAUAAAUCCUUUAUUCAACCCGGGGUUGCUUGGGGGUGUCUAUGACUCAGCCUCCAGAAGCGGGGCCCAUCCAGUGUCUACUCAGUCAUCCUAUUGUCCACUCUGAGUCCAGUGUCCACUCCCCCUGCCCUCUGUGGAGUUACCUGAAGGUCACUGGGAAUAUCUGCUCUCAGGCAGGCCUCAGCUGAUGUCUCCUGGGUCGGAGUCCAGCUGGGUAACGUCCAGACUGAGCCCCAGCAAGGCCCAGCUGGUGCCCACGGCUGUUCUGACCCUUGUAGACGCUGAGCAGCUGGAUCACAUUUUGCUGACCUGAGCUCCCUGAGUAACAUGUGCCUCUCAGCUGUGUUCCAGAAGCUGCACUUGUGCUCAAGCUGCUGGCCUAGGGCCUUUGCCCCAGUCCCUUACCCUCACCCCUCCCUGGGCUCUGACCCCACUGGGCUUCUAGGUCCUCCCUGUGGGCGCUCAGGGCUCUGUCAAUCCUUUACUUUUUCCGUUUACACAUGUUGGCUCUUUCCUUUUGCACAAGGCCCUCUCUGUGCACACAGCCCUCUCCCUGAGUUGGACCCUUUCCUUUUGCACUCAGCUCUUUGUGUUUGCACAUGGGCUUUCCAUUGACAUGGUUUAUUUGCAAUUCCCUAUUAAACAUCUUCCUAUGUGUUUUCACAUGCAUCUGUAGAUCUAAUACAGUAUGGUACAUUCUUGGAUAUUUACUCAUUUGAUAUCAGAUGCAUAUUUUGUUAUAGUUUUGUUUUCUGUUUUUGCUGAGUCUUAUCUGCUUUGACAUACAUAUGUUUUCUAGUUGUAACAUAUCUUUUCAUUCUUUAACAGCAGCUUUCAAAAAGGCAAAGUGCUUAACUUUUACACAAUUAUUAAUUUUUUGUUUAAGUAUAUUGCUAUUGGUGUUAUAUUAAUCUAGUUAUUAAACUCAAGGCCAUCUUUUUCAUGUAGACAUUUUAUGUUUUACAGUUUUCAUUUCAUGAUGUGAUUUGAGUUAAAUUGUGUUAAGGUUUGUAUCUGUGAUUUUUUUUUUUUGUAUUGGUGUCUAGAUGUUCAAGGUGGAUAAUUUUAUAUUUGUUGGCUUUGUUUUGAGAAUCACUUAAGCCACUUAAAGCCAGCUGCAUCCUUUCAAGUCCUAAUUUUAUUCUUUAGGUGGUUCCAGGGUAGCAUUAAAUUGUGAAUUAGUUUUUCCCAUCAAUAGGCAAAUAUUUUCUUAAAAUUAUACCAGGCCCCAAGAAUGAAAGGUUCUACCCUGGUUGGAGAGAAAUCUAUCAGUGUGAAAUCUAACAUUGCUCCUUAUGAUUCUCUGGGUGAUUCCCUCUAUUAGUUGAUGACCUUACAUGCAUUACCUCAUUAGUCCUCAGAUGAAACACUCUUAGGGCCCCUGCUGAUCUUUCCAUUUUGAAGACCAUUUUUAUAUUGGAUUUUUGUUUUUGCUGAGUUUCAAAUUUCCUUCUUUAUUUUGGGUUGUUUAUAUUAUGAUAUGUGCAUAUAUAUUCCUUUAUCACAUGUUUUUACAAAAUUUUUUUACCAGCUUUGGCCCUUCUUUUAUCUUGACAUUGUCACAAAGGAAAUGUCCUUCAUUUUAAUGAAGACCGGUUAACAGUCAUUUAUUUCAUGGACUGUGCCUUCAGGGCUGUAUAUAAGCACCAUACCCAAGCUUACCUAAAUGUUCUCCUGUAUCUUUUCCUGGGAGGUUAAUAAUUUGCCUUUUUUUUUUUUUUUUCAUUUAGGUUUACAGCCAACUUAAGCUAAUUUUUGUGAAGUUUGUGAGUAGAUUUGUGUUAUGGCAUGUGGAUGUCUAUUUUUUGCAGCACUAUUUGUUGAAAGUCUGUCCUUGCUCCAUGAUACUGAUUUUACUCUUAUGUCAGUGAUCUGUUAUCCACAUUGAUGAAGGUCUACUUCUGGGCUUUCUAAUUUUUUUUUUUAUAAUGUGCUUACCUAUUCCUUCAUCAAUACUGCACUGUCUUGGUUAACUUUCUUUUGUUUUUAAAAGGCUCUAUUUGAGAAGUAGAGUUGCAGACCGAGAGAGGGAGAGACAGUGAGAGGUCUUCCAUUCAUUGGAUCACUCACCAAAUGUCGCAAAUGCUGGAGCUGGAGCUUCCUCCAGGUCUUCCAUGUGGGUGCAGGGACCCAAGUACUUGGGCCAUCUUCUGCUGCUUUUCCAGGCUACAGCAGAGAGCUGGAUCAGACAGAACAGAAACAGCCACAACUAGAACCAGCACCCAGGUGGGAUGCCAGCACCACAGGUGGAGGCUUAGCCUACUUACAUUUCAGCGCUGGCCCCUUGGUUAACAUUCUAGUAAAUACUAAAGUUGGAGAGUGCUGAUCCUCCAAGUGUAUUCUUUUCUUUCAGUAGUGAGUUGGCUUUUUUGGGUCUUUUGGUCUUCCACAUUAAUUUUAGAAUAUAUUUUUGUUUAUAAUCACAAAAUAACUUGUCAGCAUUUUGAUUGGAAUUAUGUUGAAUUGAUAUAAAAAGUGGGGGAAGUACUGGUAAUUGUAAUUUUGGGUCUUUUCUACCUAUGACCAUGGAAUCCAUCUCCAAUAUUUAAUUUUUCUUUAAUAGCUUUCAACGAAGGAUUAUGGUUUUUCUCAUAUAGAUCUUUCACUUAGUUAUGCUCUAUCUACACUCAUAAUUUGUUAGGAUUAUACUAACAUACUUUGUGGGGUUAUGUAAAUGGUAAUGUGCUUUUAUUUAAAUUAUUUUGUUUCUGUUAUGUAAGAAAGCAACUGAUAACAACUAUAUAUAAACUUGGUAUGAUUGAUCAUUGAUUCCAGGAGUAACUUAGUUGAUUUGUUUGUAUUUUUCUACAUAAAUAUUUACAUUCUCUCUGAACAACGACUUUUUCUUCCUAAACCUGUAUGUCUUUAUUUCCACUUCUUACCUAUGUCAUUAGCUAGGACUUCUAGUAAGAUGUUGAAAGGCAGUGGUGGAAGGGACAUACUUGUCUGUUCCUGAUCUUAGGAAAUUUAGACACUUCAAUAGAAAAGCGGUGGAAAGUCUGGUGUCUGAGGCUGCUGUCCGGUUCCUACACUUGCCAUACUGUUGAACUCCAGCCUCCUUGGUGCUGCUCUAUCUAAUAGGGCUUUUAAAAUUUUUCAAAUUUCUUUGCAAUACAAUUCAAAGCCCCCACUCCCAUCUUUUUUACUAACUGAAAAUGCAUUCCAUGCCCCCCACCCCCAAGCAAGGAGUAAACCACACAAUAUUCAAGGGACAUUUUAAAAUCAGGGCCACAUGAAGUUAAUUAUGCUGAUCUUCAGGGCUACUGUAAUUACCCUGGUCAAGAUGUCAUCAGCAUAUUUUUUACAAGAAUAAAGAAAAGUUGAGAGACCAGCCUCAAAAAGCAUAUAAGCCUUCAGAGACGAUUAGAAAUUGGAAGAAAAGAUCCACAGAAAAGGUAGAUGGCAGUGGCACUGAUAGUUGGGUGUUAACCAACUUGUGCAGGGCUUUCAAGUACCACACUUGUCCAUUGUCAUAAACCAAUCAGUCGUAUAGUUGAUUAUAUUUGGCAGUAGCACUGAGUAUGGAUUAUUAACAUAUGAUGUGAACCAUGUCAUACUGGAGUUUAAAUUGCUUUUGGUCUGCUAUAUUUUCAUCUCUUAGCUUGUAAAUUAUACACUCAUACAAUUUUUAGUGGUUACCCUAUAUACUAAAGCAUGCAUUGAUUUAUUGAAUUCUAAUAAUAGUUGGGCUCUGUGAUCUUAUAGUGAAUAUUAUAGACAUUAGAACACUUUAAGCUCAUUUACUCAACAUCUGCCAUAUUUGAUAUAUCCUGUUAUACAUAUUCCAUUUGUUAAAUACCUUGGAUAAAAUGUAUUUUAGAUAACAUAAAACCUUCUGAGGUGAUUGUCCAUUCAUCAACUUGUUCCUAUCUGGUGGAGUUAAGGCCCCACGCUGGCUCUUGAGAUCACUCGAUGUCCCGUUGCCUACAUUCUUCUCAACACACCUGCAUCCAGCUUGCAGCCUCAGUGACCUCUGCGUCAGGUUCUGCACCAGCCUCAGCUGUCUUGGCCUUGGUGCUUGGUGGGAAUCGAGCAUCUGUCCUGGUACUCACGAUACCAAUUUUCCAGACAUAACUUUCAUUUAGGUAGUUCCACUAUCAGAAUUGGAGUCUUCCAGAUAUACACCAGAGGUUUUCAAAUAGUCCUCUAUUCCGUGCCUGAUUAUGAACCAAUAUAAUUAGGAUAAUACGUCAUUAUUACAUUCUAAGAUUGCAUUAUUUUAAAAUGACAUUUUCCUUUUCAAGUUUUGUCAACAUUUCAUAAAAUAUAUUCUGAAAAACAUUACCUGCAUGGGUUUUUCAAGAAAAAAGAUUUUGUGCUGAAAUACAUUUGGUGAAUUCUAUUCUGUUUUCUGUUCCUACUGAUUCAUGUUCAUUUUGACAAAGGACAGGCUCUGAAGAAUGCUGUAUGAAGGAGGUGUAUUUACCUUGUUUUACGUGGUGAUUUUUAAAUUUACUGAUCAUGGAGUAAUUCUUUAACCACCUUAAUAUUCCAUUUUGGAAUAUUGUAUUAUUAAAAUUGCAUAAAAUUAUACAUUUUAUGGGUUUUGAAGACCUUUUCUAAUAUAUUUAUUGUCUCAUAAUGAGCUGAGUACAUAACAUUAUUUGUAUGAAAUAAAAUGUGUCAAGAUUCAUUAGAAACAACUUAUAGAAAAUACAUAGCAAUCCUGUAAUGACCUGAAAUUGACUCAAAAAUCCAAUUUCUCUUCCUCCCUUGAGUGCCAUGUUUUCAUGGCUUUGUGUUUGUUAUUGUGUAGAAUGGAGUCUAAUCUGAACAAUGUUUUCUUAACAUGAUCUCUUUCCAACCCAGUAAAAUAUAUAUUUUGAGAA